UUCUGCAAAGAAACUUCUUUUUUCUUUUUUUUUUUUCUUAGGUUGGCUUGCAAAACUGGCUCUGGGAAUAUAAUUAGGGCUAUCCACCUUUCCAUUCCUCCCGUCUCCGCCUAACGCGACUGCACUCUUGUCCUUCCCCGUUCAAUUGAGGCAAUUGCUGCUUCCGGAAUAGAAUCACGCGAUAUCCCACAAUUCGCAGGGAGUCUAGUAUCUGGCUUUCAGAGUGCUUCACGCACGAUUCAAUCCCCCGUGCGGGGAGUCUAAAUCACCGUGGCGGCUAUGGCCUCAGAGAAAAAGAAGCCAAGCUCCACGCGCUCAAUCCUCGCCGGCGCAACCGCAGGAGCAGUAGAAAUAUCAAUAACAUACCCUGCAGAAUUCGCAAAGACCAGAUCACAGCUUAAUCGACGGUUGCCGGAUGGUCAGAAGCUCCCCUGGCCGCCGUUCGGAAAACAAUGGUACGCAGGGUGUACAACGCUGAUAAUUGGGAAUUCGUUGAAGGCAGGAAUACGAUUUGUUGCCUUCGACGCAUACAAAUCGCUACUGGCAGACGCCGAGGGUAAAGUCUCAGGCCCAGCAACCGUAAUAGCAGGAUUCGGCGCAGGAGCUACAGAAUCACUACUAGCAGUAACACCGUUUGAGAGUAUCAAAACACAGCUCAUCGAUGACCGUAAAUCGGCAAAGCCUCGUAUGCGGGGCUUCCUCCACGGAUCCAGGAUAAUAGCAAGAGAAAAGGGCAUUCGUGGUUUCUUCCAGGGCUUCGUACCAACGACGGCACGGCAAGCAGCGAAUUCGGCGGUGCGGUUUUCAAGCUAUACCGCGCUGCGGCAGGUGGCGCAGGGGUAUGUGGCCCCUGGUGAGAAACUGGGGGCUUUAAGUACGUUCGGCAUUGGAGGUAUGGCGGGCGUGAUAACAGUCUAUACUACGAUGCCGUUGGACACUGUGAAGACGCGCAUGCAAUCCCUCGAAGCGCGCUCCCUCUACAAAAACAGUUUCCACUGUGCAGCCCGCAUCUUCAAGGAAGAAGGGCUACUCACCUUCUGGGCGGGCGCCGUUCCACGUUUAGGACGCCUGAUCCUGAGUGGCGGGAUCGUUUUUACUAUGUACGAGAAGUCCAUGGAGUUGAUGGAUCGGUUGGAUCCCGAGGGGCGGUAUAUAUGA